ACCCGGUUACGGAAGCCGACGAGGGCCGAGCGCGCGGGCCUGGCGUGAAGGAAGUUAGCGGCGGAAUCCCAGAUAGAGGCGGAGAGGGACUCGGAUCCAAUGGCGACCCCAGAGGCCAGCGGCAGCGGCGGGAAUGUCGAGGGUUCCGAACCCUCCGUCACCUACUACCGGCUGGAGGAGGUGGCGAAGCGAAACUCGGCGGAGGAGACGUGGAUGGUGAUCCACGGGCGAGUCUACGAUAUCACCCGCUUCCUCAGCGAGCAUCCUGGUGGGGAAGAGGUUCUGCUGGAACAAGCUGGCGCUGAUGCAACUGAAAGCUUUGAAGAUGUCGGCCACUCCCCUGAUGCUAGGGAGAUGUUAAAGCAGUACUACAUUGGUGAUGUCCAUCCGAGUGACCUUAAACCUAAAGGUGAUGACAAGGAUCCUUCAAAAAAUGAUUCAUGCCAAAGUUCUUGGGCAUAUUGGAUUGUCCCCAUCGUGGGUGCUGUUCUUAUAGGUUUCCUGUAUCGUCACUUCUGGUGCGACAGCAAAUCCUCCUGAGGAGACCAUGUUGAAGUGUGGGCACAUGCUCCUGGGAUGAGAGGUGGAGACUUGUGUGGAGGCUGCGGGUGCUCCCUCCUUGGAUCCUGCCAGUUGUUUUCUUUCCCCUUGGAGCCAAGAUGGUUGACCAGAUAUCUAUUCUCCUUCAAUGUAGGACCAGAGUCUUUCCUCAGCCAGAGCCUGAUGCCCAAAGCACCUGUUCACGCUGUGUCCUUGCCAGGGUUUUCUCUCACUGGUUCCCAGUCCUUCCCUUCAUUUCAAGAGUUGAUGCGAAUGACUUAGAGUUCCUGUGUGGUGGUGACAUGGCCUUUGGGGACACUACAUGAUUUCUAAUAUUUUGAAUUCGCAAUAGACACAGUUAAGGGAACAGUGGUGUAGUUAUGAAACUUUCCCCAUUUUUCUUUUAAGUAAAUUUAUUUUUUUUAAAUUCUGAUUUAAUUUUGUCAUUCAUAAGGGAUUUAAUUCAUGAGGUUGUGUAUCUCUUAUUUCAAACACAGCUGCCAAAUAAUCUUAUUUAUGAUUGUUAGAAGUAAGGAGCCAGUAAGAUGGAUAAAAGCGAUUGCUGAAAAGCCUGACGACCUGCGUCUGAGUCCCUGUACCCACAGGGUAGAAGGAGAGAACCAGUUUCCAAAAGAAAUUGACACACACACACACACCAGAUGUAAUUUUUAAAAAUAGAACAACAGCAACAGUGGUUGUCUCCCUCCCCCACCCCGAUAGUGUAGCUGAUGGUGCCUCCUGACCCUAAGUCCAGCCUUUCUUUUCCCCGAGAGUACUUCACAAAACUGUGUAUCCCUUUGAUUUCUUAGGGAUAUAAGAGCUGAGCAGGGGCCAGCUUCAGAAUAAUCUCUUUUACAAAGAGAACAAACACUACUUGCAGGAGAGCAGUUUAAAAAGUGACCAACAUGCACUCUGUUCUGACACCGGUUUCUAACCAUCUUCUGCCCUGGCCGUCUUUACCGGUGAAGGAUGAGUGUGUGGUCAUCCAUGGAACUUCACUACAGUCCAUGGGUCUUUCUGCUUUUUUGUUUACUGAUUAGCAAAUUUCUGACUCCCUGUCUUAGAGUAAGAGAUUCAAGUUUGAUCUUAUGUUUAUCUCAGUAAAAUAACUUACAUGUAAAUGUCACUGUCCGGCAUGCCAUUUCAGAUUGGAAAACCAUGCCAAGAGACUUCUGUUUUCAUCUGGGUUUUUACCUCCAUGGCUCCAACUUGGUGAUUUUGUCCUACUUUUCUAUUGAGGAUAAUGAUAAUCUGGAAGCUUUUAAUGCCCCCCCCCCCCGAAUAUGAAUUUCAUUGGAAAGUAGGCAAUCAUUAAAAUUCCUUUUCUCGUUGGUCCAGGCAUUUUCCUGGCACCUUUGACUGUCUUCUCUCUCCCUGUGUCAGUGCCUGACAGGACCCAGCUGUUCCUUAGUUUCUGUGAUUUUUCUUCACAUCUUUGUUCAUCACCAGUCCCAGUCAGCUUCUGCGCUAGUGUCACACCCAGCAGGAAACCAUGGGAUUCCAUCAGGACCAGAGGUGUUGGGAAAUGUCCUCCUGCCUCCCUUCCAGCUUUCCAGGAGCUUGACAGGACAGGAAACUGCCCAUGCAAACUAUUUAAAAAAAAGUUCAGCCCAGGACUCGUAUCCUGUGAUUUAGCAGUUGAAUGAAUUCAGAAUUCAUCAAAAUAACAUUAGCCUUUUCCUUGCAUACUUGGAUAUGAUAUUUUAGAGUGAUUUCUAGGUGACUUUUAUAUGCCAGAGAUGAAGACUUAAUCAUCCUUUCAUCUUUAAAAACAUUUGUAACAUUGUGUCAUAGAUUGCCAGCGUAGUUAUUCUGUAACAAACGUGGCAUGAGGAGCGCACCUGCACAUAAAGGCAGGGAAGGCCAGGACCCACUUGCUGGGAUAGGGAAGUCACAUGGAGCAUGCUGGGUAGAAGGACACUGAGUGCAGGGCGGGAGCGGCCCAGCUAACACCAAACCUGAUGGUACACCUGGUGGAAAACAUCUGCCUUAUAGGAAAUGUUAAAGAACUGUAUUUUCAGCUGGGCAUGGUGGCACACACCUUUAAUCCCAAUGUAGGAGAGGGAGAGGCUGGAAAAUCUCUGACUUGAGGCCAGCCUGGUCUACAUAGUAAGUUCCGGGACAGUUAGGGCUACAUAGAGAGACCAUGUCACAACCACCCCACCAAAUAAAAGAACUAUAUUUUUAAGUAAAAUUGGUGUUUUGAUAUUUCUACAGCAAACAUCAAUACAAAAAGCAUUUUUUUUCUAUUUUACAUGUGUCUUUUCCUGCUUAUAUGAGCUUUUCCUCCCCUGAGAGCCAGAAGGAGAUUUUCAUACUUUUGUCUUUGCUAUCCAUGAAAUCUGUCAAUACCCAGGGCUUCUUUUGAACUACUGAUAAUGUGAUGUCAUUUUGUAUUACAAAAAAAAAUGAUGCUGCUUUUUUUUUUUUUAAAUCUUUAAUCCCAGUACUUGGGAGGCAGAAGCAGACAGUUCUCUUGAGUUGUAGGCCAGCCUGGUUUACAGAGCAAACUCUAGACCAGCCAAAGCUACAUAAUGAGACUCUGUCUCAAAACAAAACCCAAAACCUUUCAGGUCUAUUUGCUGUAAUUCUGUUGCCUACAUAAACAGCUAGGUGAAAGAUAGGUUUUAGGUGAGAGUCUGUCAAGGCUUUUCAUAAACAACAAAGCAAUACACCAUGAACACAAGUGUAUUUUUAAGAGUCUGAACUUGUCAAAGAAGCCUGGACUUUUUAGUGUCAUGAAAACCAUUAUUAAGACUUAGAGGAGCCAGUUCCUGUCCCCUGACAGCACCUCCUGACCUGGGGCAGGGUGGAUUUGGUUGUUUAUUCUUGAGGUGACCAGCUGCUGUCAAAUACACAGGCAAUGGCAGGUGAAUGCGAGAGAUUUCAUGUUACCCAGAUACAGGGUGUUAACGCCCAUUCUCCAAAAGUUUCCACCCAGCCCCGGAAGCUGGUUUUCAUCAUUGGGUGAUGUACCCACUUGUAAAGAAAGCAACAGGAGCCGGGUGGUGGUGGCGCACGCCUGUAAUCCCAGCACUCUGGGAGGCAGAGGCAGGUGGAUGUCUGAGUUUGAGGCCAGCCUGGUCUACAGAGUGAGUUCCAGGACAGCCAAGGCUACACAGAGAAACCCUGUCUCGAAAAAACCAAAUCCAAAAAACCAAAAAAAGAAAAGAAAGCAACAGGACACAGUCUCUGGACUGUUGAUAUCUCCUUGUGUGAUUAUUUGAGCAGGGCAAGUCUGUCCAAAGCUCUCACUUGAGCUGGCCGGCUCUUCCAGCACUUGCCAUCGUGGCUCAUGGGGUUGGGUCCGUGCUCAUUUAGUGCUGUUGGCAGUGAAGAGUGACUGACAAGCCAGGGGUGUCACACAUGCAGCACUCAUGCUUCUGUCUCAGGUGAUCCCCAUCUGGCUGAGGUCGCCCUGAGAUGGCUGAAGCCAGAGAAGAAAUGUUGUUUGCCUCCUGCCUCAGGGGGGGUGGACUCACAGACAUGUCGUGUCUCAACAAGAAACUGAAGGGUUGAAGUUGUAAGAUUCAGUUGCCAAAUAUCCCAAAAGUAACAGGGAGCUCCGUCCCAUUUGGCCAGCUUUGGGAUUUGUGGGAGUGGUUUAGGAGGGAGGCUGAAGAAGCAGGGAUGUGCCAGUCACCUGCCUUACGCCCCGUGUCUUACUCAUGAAUUGCAGGGGCUGCUCCUUGCCCACGCCUGCAUCAUCUAGAUCAGCUGCUUGGGUAGAACAUCCUUUUGGUUAUUUAACUUGCCUUUUCCUGCACCCUCAACUGAGUGGCUAAUACUACAUUCCUUUUGUGAAUUCAACGAUGGAGUUUGUUUACCUAUUUGGUUUCAGCUUAUUUUGAACAAAGAUCUUUGUCUCUUUCUACUGGAAUGUGCACACAGUGAAUGUUUGUUAGAACUACACAAUAAAGAUACUGUUUUCCUUUU